AUGGCAGAAACGCUCCUUGCAAUCCUCUUCGUAACUUCCUCCGCCAGAGGCUCUAAUCUUAUAUUUCGAUGGCCUCCGUUUCCUUCAGCACCUUUGAGACUUAGUCGUGCUCUAUCAGAGGGUCAAGGCAAUAUUUCGGAGGCUUCUUAUAAACGACGAGUACCUUCUAAACUGGACCUCACGUCCGAAAUUGGAAGUCCAUUAAAGGACAAUUCAGAGAUUUCAAAAUGUCGAAAUGAAUUUGACCAAGUAUUUGGCUACUCAUCGGAAUUCCUUGCUGGUAUUCUAUGUCCUCACACAUCUAUGUGCCACCAGAAGUUUGAACUGGUUGUCGAUGACCUUGCUUUCAUCGGACAUCCUGUCUGUGCAGACUCGGAUGGAGGAUGGAGGUUCAAACCUGAAAAAUCCAAACUUGGAGCCCGAGGACGGGAUUCUCGAAAUCGUCAAUCGUCCCAGGCGGAGAGUAUUCGUCGACAAUCUGCAAGUCCUAGCAGGAGUUCAUCCAUGGAGAAAGUCAUCUCCGCCAACCAGCCAGCCUGGUUGAGUACAUUUCAUCUAGUGAUGGUACUCGACCUGCCUGAUCCGUCUUCAUCCGCUACCGGAAAUGUCUCAAAGUAUUUUGACAUUAUGUAUGAGCAAGCCGCAUUCACCAUUGCUGCAGUCUUGUUUCAGGAGCAAGUCCUCUCGAACUUUGUUGAGAAAGAAUGUGACCUACUGGGAUCACUCAAGGAUGAUCAUAUCAAGAAAGUACUACCAUUUAUAGAUUUUUCGUCCAAAGCCAUGGAAACCUCCUCCUUGGCUCCGGCAAUGAAAGUCUUAUACGAGGCGAUAAAGUCAUCAUCCAUAGGACAUAUUUCACUCAACAAUGUUCUGGUGGAGAUACAAUUACCCCCUUACCUUGACACUUUGUUGCACAAUGAUGAAGAUCUUGACCACUGGGCGACAUUCAACGGCAGUGAUGGCGAGGACUUCGAGGCUUGGGGCCCUGAAAUGAAAUUUGGAUGGCGGUUACCUGCGCUAGUUCCGUGGAAAAGUUUGCUUUUGUUGGACACUAGCGACGGCUUUGAUCCCUUGUCAGAUUUGCAGAGUCCUUAUGUAUCUCCUGACGACCGGGAUUUCGCUGAUGGGUUGAUUAAGUUCCUCGAAACAGUUAAUGUCACUUUGUCUCUGGCCGACUUAGCCAGUCUUCUCGAUUGGGAACUAGAAUCUCAAGUUUAUCCAAUCGUGCGCUGGCUUGUACAGCAUCGACGGGCUAAGGUAGUUGACGUUGUGCACAGCGGUCUGAAGACCGUGUUCACCCUGCCCCCCAAGUUUGACCAUCGAUUAUCCAAUCUCAUUUCCGAAUUUGAGAAGGAUUUAGCUGGAUACAAUCUUCCACCACUACCUCAUAUUUUGUCAGACAUAUCGACGGCAUCUGCGAACCAAGCUGGGAAUCACUUUUUCGCUUCAGUAGUCCAAACGAAAGACCUAAUACCUAUAUAUCACGAAGUGGUAGUGUGGAUGCUGAAACGCGACAUGUUGGUUACCUUACACCUACGAAUUCGGAUUGUGGCGACCACCGAACUCAAAGCUAGGGUUCGAUCGGCUAGACAGAAAUUGAUAGCAAAGCAGAAGACCCGGAGACGUAGUGAAGGACACAAGGCAGACCGGGGUUCUUAUAAAGGAGGUACGACUUGGCUAAAUCUACCAUCUCCUCUCACAGAACGGCCCAUCCAUCGAGUGCCCUCUGUGGACUCGACGCAUAGCGAGUUGAGCGAGUUGGUAAUCGAAAGUGAACAGGAUGACUACAGUGAAAAUGAAGAAUAUGUUGAGGGGCUCGAGUCAUCGGAUGGUAGAGAGGAUUCAGGGUGGGAAACUGCAGAUGAUGAAAGGUUUUCGUCGAUUAUCAGCGAUCCUGGGAGGGCAACUCCCUUACAACGUCGUUGGUUAUCAGCUAUGUCAGUCGGGAAAGACCUUCAUAUCGCUCGACGAUUCGAAUUGUUGAACCAAUAUUUUGACGGACGAAGGACAGACGACGAAAUACUGUACAAAGCAGAGGUUACCAGAAGGCAACUUCGAGAGGUUCUUCAUCACUACGACGAAUAUCUACAGACGUUUUUACAUCCAUCAUGA